CUUAUGAUCUUAAAAUAAAAUUACUUUAUUCAAAGGAAAUAGAUUUGAUCAUUUUUUUUCAUUUCAGAUAUAAUGUCUGACGAAAUUAAACAGAAUUCUGAGACUAAGGUGGAAGACACAGCAUCCAAUGGUGAAGUCGUUUCAACCGAAAAUGCGACUGAAAAGUGUGCACCGCCUAAAGCCGAAGAAACCACUGCUAACGGAACGGAACUAGCUGGAGAAACCGGAAGUAAUGAAGCUGAUGACGGCCCUGCGCCAAAGAAACAAAAGACCGAGGAAAAGGAGGAGGAGUGUGAAGUUUCAAAGGAGAAGGAGAUGAAUAAGGAGGAUAAAGAGGACAAGGAAGAUGAGAAGGAGAAUGAUGAAAAGAAACCGGAGUUUACAAAAGAAAACCCGUCAACUAUACGCAAAUCCG